AUGGAGCUUUACCCUAGAGUACGUUACGUUGAUAUUGGGGACGAACCAAUGAUAGAUUUGGAGCCAAUAGAAGGUUACGCAAAUUUACCGCUGAUGUCACUGGAAAUGGCGGUUGAAUCCAUAUCAUCUAUGAUUGACAUAUUGCCAAGUGUUCGAAUAGCGAAGCAGACGUGUCAACAUAUUGGCGGUGAUUUAACAUUAGAUGAAUCCGCUGCUAUUCGUUUAUAUACAAUGAAUGGAAGUCUUUUCACACGCCUUAAUGACGUGUUACGUUCGAAAGUUAGGGCAGAAUUACUGUCUCCUUGGCUUCCUUAUUUAAAAUUACUUCUAACGGCAUUAUACAAACUACCAGCAGUUAAAAAGACAGUUUGGCGUGGGACCAGCUUGGAUUUAAGUACAAAGUAUAAACCAGGUGAUACUUGUGCAUGGCGAGGUUUCAGUAGCUGUACAGAAUCAGUUGCAGUAGCAGAUUUUUUCCUUGGUCAGUCAGGUUCUCGAACAUUGUUCUGUAUCGAAUGUCAAAAUGGUAGGCUAAUCACACAACAUUCACAAUUUGUAGAUGAAAACGAGAUUUUGUUACUGCCCGGCUUCUACUUUGAAGUGAGAGAUAGCACAGUUAGUGAUGGUUACCCUAUUAUUCACGUUCAAGAACGUACCCCGCCACAAAGACUUUUAGAAUCGCCAUUUUCGUCUAACGAGUCAGCAAAUUGCAAGCUGAAUAUUGAUGGCUACAUCUCGAUCAAGCAAAAUCAGCCCAUUUAUGGAACUGAUGGUGAGCAAUGUUGCAAUUUUUACGUGAUUAGUU